AAUUCACAUUGUACUCCAAAGUUAAAGAGUUAUCUGCCUCAACAGCCGAACCAAGUGCCAAAUACAAUUAACUCAAAAAUAUCUGUCGUCACUGGGAGAAAAGUUACAACAAUUCAAAAAUGUGCCACUGUAGAAUUAUCUCAACAUUUUUCAUCGCCAUCGUCUGUUGUGGUCUGAAUACAGUGAAGGCAGCCGACCUCCACAUUUUAGAUCAUGAUGUUUCAAUCCUUGUCAACGAGACACAAAAUGUUGAACUGGUUUUAGAAGGGAAGCUCCAAAAACCAGUUGAGGUGAAACUGGAAACUCAGCAUAAGGAUGUGGUCAGAGCCAAUCCUAGUAUAAUAGGGCUAAAUCCUCCCGGGCCCUGGUUGUUCGAAGUAACCGGACUUAAACCGGGGUUGAGCUUAGUUUACAUAAACUCUAACUCAACUCCUAGUUCUGAACUGAACACAAUCCAAGCCUUCGUAAGAGUGACUGUACAACAUUCUUAUGUUUUGGAAUACACAGUUUGA